AUGUCUUCCGAACCCUCGGGGGAGUAUGAGACGGAAGAGUUGCCGAGUCGAGCUGCCCUCGGCAAACUCACUUCACCUGCAACUCAUCUCCUUGAAUCUGAUCAUCGUCCUUCUCAAGAUGCCAACUCUGCCGUAUCGAUACCUGCCGUAUCUGAACUGCAAGCCACUGGGACUGGUAAUGAAAUCGUCGGAGAAGGGAACCGAAAACUUGAUUAUGAAUGUCUGCCAGAAUGUCUGGAUACAUCGUACAGCAGCAGUGGCGAUGACGACGGCGCUGAAGGGCCUGCAACACCACAGACCUCGGCGGAUGCUAUUUGCGUAGCCAUACGUGAUCUGACCGCCACGAACACUUUUGCUGGAAGCCCUAUCCAGUCGAGCAGGACUGCCGAGUACGAAGAGCAAUAUCCAAAGCGUGCGGAUAGAUGGGAGGCCCUUGCAUGGGCAGUAAGUGACUCGAGCGAAGAACAUCCGUUUUCUGAUCACCACAUAUUGUCUGCAAGUAGCUCAUCGGAGGAAGAGAGUCUCGAAGAGGCCUGGAACAUGGAAGAUGUCGUCGAGCUCGCCGCGAGUGACCAAGGCGAAGGGAGCUCGGGGUCUGAUGACCACGCCGGAUCGGAAAGCAGCGAGGGACUGAAAAGCCAAGCUUCAUAUACCUCGCCCAAGCAAACCAGAGUGGACUUCGCCCAGUUUGAUGGUUUCCGCGAACACUUCCAGGGCCACUACCGGGAUGACGACGAGGAGUUCUUCCCAUACGACAUUUCCGAGGCAAUCUCCGAGGACGACGCUUGGGCUGAGUACUUCGAAAACACCGGUGAUUAUGAAGUAGAGCUGGCAGGACUGGAAGGCCCCUAUGACCAACUGAGAGCUCAUCGCACAACACUUGCAACCCCCAAUCGCCCCUCGCCAGCAGGCUUCCAUAUCACUUCCCUUUCUCGCAGUGCUUCCUUCCCUGCCUUCCCACAAACCUCAUACACGGUAAAUGCGUGCAAAGAAGAGGCCGAAGACAAGUCCGCAGAAACUCCCAUCUGUCAUUCUGAUCACAGACGUCGUGUUUCCGACACUGAAGUCACCUACAUCAAUUUAAGUGAGCGAUACCGACGCCCCUCGCCCACGCCAUCCUACGGCAUGCCUCACCCACGCUUCCCACCCGGCCUAACUGAGACGCCCGAGGUGAUCCGCCAUGAGCGGUACCAGCCUCGUCCUGGAAAAUGUCAUCACGAUUCGGUCCUGCGAUUCUGGACCGAUGAAUCAGCCCCAGACCGGGUCUGUGAUAUUUGUGGCCGCUUUGCUCGAUACUUAUGGGCCUGCAACUCCGACACGGAUGACUGGUCAAAGGUUCCGCCACAAACCGAGGUUCCCGUGCACACCGCUGGUCCUGAUACCAGCAUCCUGGCAGAGUGGAUGCAAAAGGCCAUUGCCAAGGGUGAUUAUACCUUGGAGCAGGUGCAGAAGCUCGCGGACCAGAAGAAGCAGGUCCUCAAAUGCGCAGCCAAAGAUCGCGCCGCACAGGCAUCCCGCGAUGGACAACCUUCGACAGCGGGGGAACAAGGUACGGCUCAGGCAUGGUUCGAGCAAGAAGUCGACAAAGAAAGUCGACCUAACGACGGUGUGCCGGACGAUCCUUCCAAUGGCGGCCCUUGCAGAAUGAUGUUCUGUGGCCAAUGCCACGGGAAUUUCGUCGACCGUUCAUUCGGCCACAUCGACCGGGUCGUCAACGAACCAUACGUCGAGCCGCCCAAAAUCCCCGAAUACCUGUGCCGUCCGAUCUCCGACGCCGCCAUCCUGAGAGAGAUGCGCCCGAUGCACUGGGUGCGCGGGUAUGCAUUCGGCCUUUGGUGGCAGGAGCACAGGUACUCGUCCGGUCAGGAUAUGACCCCGGUGCUCCGUCUAGCCCAUAAUAAGGGCUGGACGGAGAACCAGUUCAAACUCACCACCUGGUGGGUUUACUGGCAGCGCCGGUCGGAUCGCGAAGUUGAUGCGCGGAUCAGAUGGCUCGAGGGACGUACCCUCGAACAAAUGUCAUCUUUCAGUCAGUCUAUCGCUGACUCUCGUUUCAUUAUUCCUCGUUCCGGUGAGCGAAGCCGCUCUCAGAUGGCAAGGGUCCUAGACCCUGUGCUGUCUAUCAGUCGGCAUCCGAUCUGGGAAGAGGACGAGAGUCAGGAAGGACCGGUGACCUCCCCUGGCUGGGACUACUCCCUCGGGCACCGCUGGCAAGCAUUGAGCCAGGCGGAGCACAGGGAGCUAACGCGGCUUUUCAUUGAGCAGCGAGACACGCUGGCGGGCCAGCGUGUCUCGACCAACUGCUCCGCCGCUCCCACCCUGGAGGCCGGUUCUUCCCAGGAACCAACCCAAGAGACCGCGCUCUCUCAGCAGGCCGACGACGAUUUCGACAGCCUGUAUGACGCAUCCGACAGAGAGUGA